GACCAUAUGUUCCCAUAAACUUAUCUAAUUUCCAUAAGUGAGAAUAUGGUCUGUAUAUCCCUAGAGGAAAGCAGGGUGGACCUGUGUACUUGCGAGAUUAGGUCAUGUGGAACAGGCGACAUUCUUUACUACAAAGGAGUCGUGGGUAAACAGAAGCGACAAAAGACGUCGAUUUUCCAUUGUUCUCUACAACGGGUCUGGCGGGGAGCCUGUGCCUGCCGCUGGUUAAAUGUCAACAGUGACCUCUCAAUCAUUCCAGAGAAAAUCGGUUUCCAUUUGGUGUCUGCAACACGCGAAAAUGCUCAGAUACUUCACGUGCACAUGCGUCACUGUAUAAGGGCGAAAAAGACAGGAAACGAACCCCAGAACUCUGUCCCCAUCUCCCUUAUAGUCUCCCUGUUGGAAAACAGAUCUCUUGUAAAUACUGUAGUAUUACUUAUUCAGUUUAAUGUGAAUGUAGAGUUAAAUAGUGUCUGAACACUAUUCUGGAUAGUUAUACAGAUUAAUCACGAACGGAUCAGAGUUAAACCUUUUGUACAAACUAAUUCCAAACGUUCAAAUUUGGGUGCUGAAAUGACGUGUUGCUUGUUAUGGCUUGUAUUUCUGUAGUGCAUUAUUUGGAUCCGUGCAUUACCUGAAGUCUAAGAAAGACAGAGUCGACUUUUUUCCCAAAUGACUAAAAAAAGAUAGAAGAAAUAACGUGUGAGUAAUUGGCUACUGACGUUCUCCAAAACCCAUAGUUGUAUUGUUUUCUUUGAGCAGUGAUUAAAGUAGUAGGACCAAUCAAAACAAAGGAUCCGGAGAGAGUAAAAGCUCCACCUCUCCCCCUCUGCCUUUUGCACAUGUAUAUAAUCCCUCAAUUGACCCAGAAAAUAAGAUCUGUUUCAGGAAACGAAGUGGAAGGGCAUGAGGCUAGCUCCCUGGAAUAUUUCUGCAAUCCCGUGAUCAUCGCAUGAAGAAACAAGAGUGAUACAAAACUGACUAUUAACUUUGAAACAAGACCACAAAGCUACUGAAAAAAACCGCGGAAGGAAAUGGCCGACCAGCUGAUGUUGCCCGUGGGUCACGGCCCCGUCGGCGGGGGCCUGCACAGGCUGAGGAUGGGCGCGCCCCCCCCCCAGGCCGGGCUCCGCGGCCCCCCCGGUGGCCAGGCGCCGCGCUACGGCCCGGCACCCCAGAGCCACGCGGACGGGCCGAUGAUGAGGCAGUGCCCCGCCCCCGUCCCGGCUUUGGGCAGGCGGACUGGGCACCCUCACCAGUUGCCGGGCAACGUGAUGUACGGGAGCCAGAACCCGCAGCAGCAGCAGCAGCAGAACCACGCGUAUCCACUCCAGCAGGCCCAGAACCACGCCCGCGUGCAGCCACAGAACCUCCCACACCAGCAUCAGCAGAACCUCCCGCACCAGCACCAGCACCAGCACCAGCAGCAGCACCAGCACCAGCAGCAGCAGUACCUACCCGAGGGCCUCUCCUCCCAGCCUCUCAUGGCCAGCAUGCACCUCCAGAAACUGAACACCCAGUACCACGGGCACCCGCUCCUGCCCCUGGGCGGCGGUCACGUGGGCAGCGGCGCCCCCUACAGGUUGGGCUCGGCGCAGCGGGUCGGCGCGCAGCUCGUGGCCGGGCCGGCGCUGGGCCUGAGCGUCACGGACACGGACCUGGUGGACGAGGAGGUGCUGACCUCCCUGGUGAAGGAGCUGGGCCUGGACCGCGUGCAGGAGCUGCCGGAGCUCUUCCUGGGACACAACGAGUUCGACUUCGUCCCGGACUUUGCGGGGAAACAGCAGCCGGGCGCGGUGAGCUGCUGAGGGUUCGAGACGGGGGUGGGGUGGGGUGGGGGGGGGACACUGCGAGCGACGUCCGCGUUCGGAGCGCAGCGACCGGCGACGGCCUUUGCGUCCCGCUUGAACGUUUGCGUUCCGCACACGCCAACCUCGGUCAAACGGUCGAAUGUGUGGACCGGGAAUGCCGGACUGAACGUGGCUUCACCCCGCCGGAUUACGAACAGACAUCGCCAUGCUGUCUCUCCUCUCAAACUUUCCAACUCUAUUUAUUCCUACCGUGAGCUUGUGUGCUCGGAAAACAAAAUGGCGACCAUUUGGAGCCUCCGCCACCUGGAAUUGCUACUGGUUUUGGUAGUGGCUGAAAAGGGGUGUGUGUGUGUGUGUGUUGUGGAGGGGGGGCUGUAUGUAUUUUGAGUGUGUUGGUGAGUCUGGUUGGGUUUGUGUUUGCUCUUAAAAACUGGUAUAGAUUCAUCAAUCCCAUGUAAGAAAUCUACGGUUUGGUUUUUAGAAGGGACUCAACUAGAACAGCAAGUUCAUUGGUUGGAUCCUUGCAAAAGUGCAUUUUCACCCCCUAGUGGUGAAACAUAUAUACGCUGCUAUUUUUGGGGAGCUGGACCAUCCCUGGGACAGUGAGUUAAUAAUGGACACUGAAUUAGUCAUGCAUAAAGUUGUUUUUAUUAGAUUUUGUCUCAUGAAAUUGUCAGUUUUUUUUUCAGAAUAAUGCAGUUGGUGGGAGAGACUGGUGGAUGUUUAGAGUUUAUUUUCAUUUAUUUAUUUUUAGUUUCUGGCAUUGUUUCCCCCCUGGAUCGUUUACCUGAACUCUCCUGGGCCUUUUACCUUAUCCAUCUUAAUCAUCAGCCCUGCAAUCAAGCUGGAACACAGGAAAAUCCUUCUGAAGAACGGGAAUAACUGAUCUCCUGUGACAGUCAUCGCAAGUGUGUGUGUGUGUGUGGUGAAUGUGGUGUGUAGGGUGCAGGGUGGGGGGGACACAGGAGCAGACACAUUUGAUAAAGGGGGAGUGUCCUGAAAAAACAUUCAUAAACAGAGCUUCAAAAGAUUUAGAAAUCCUGCUUCUAAAUUUUAAGCACCCAAACUACACAGUGGGUUGCUGGUAGGGUAGUUGGGUGCAUGUAGGUCAAACCUUGUUGAGUGACUUGCCUACCUACCUCCUCUUGGCAUUCGGGUUGGGUUCAGAGUCCAGAAGGCUGAUUGGAGUCUGGAAUGGCUCCUGUGAUUCUUUUGUUUGCAUUUGGGCACAACGUCUUUUUUUCGAAGUACCAGAACUCGGUAUUCUGUGAGUGCAGCUCGCUGUAGAAGUUGUCACGGACUUAAGUGCAGACCCAGUCUGGUGAAGUCAGCACUUUGUUCUACUUGGCCCAAAAUGUACCACAAUGUUUCAAACUGUUUUGUGAAAACAGUUCUGCAUGUGGUCUGUAUAAGCUUUUUCGGUGCUGCGCAAACUGGUUUUGUUUUUGGUCUUCAUUCCAGCCUGUGUCCAAAUGGCUUCGACAAACUGCCGACAUUUUAUGAAUUUUGGCAAAAAUGAAAUCCAUAGAACGUUGUCCUACGGCAUUGUACCCUGUAAUGUGCAUAUUAAUCUGUUUCUGUUUUCAUACAAAUUCUGAAUGUGUUAAUUUACUGAACUGGGAGUGUCCGCAUGAAUAUACAUGAAACACAUUUAACAGCGCAUAAAAGAAUGUGUGAAUGUUGCAGUAAUGAGUACUACGAAAUACGCUACAUUUGGCAUAUUGAGAAAAUGGCUCUUUCUUCUUUAAUGCCAUGUUUCAACAAAGAGGGAAUUUGUGCUAUUUAAUCUUACUGACUGCCCUGAGGACCAGGGGGUCUAAGAGCACUCCCUCUUCAUCUGUUAUGUCCUCUUGGUUUCACCCCCCCCAGCUUCAAAUGAACCCGAUCUGCCAUGAGCACUAUUGGAGCCAUUAUUAUUUUGUUUUUAUAUCCUGGAAAUAGUUUGAAUGUGCGAUUUCACCCUCUGGCCCAGAACCCCACCUCCACACUUUUUCGACCUUAUCGUUUCUGUCGAAAGAACAUGUAUUUAUUUUGAUCGAUGAUGUCAAAUAAAAUAUUUAUUUUUAGAGUG